GGGGGAGUACAUGAAGUGGAGCAUCGUGGAGGCACUGAUGCAAUCUUUCAAGAAGCUGUUGAAGAUUCAGAUCAACACCGGCAGCAUCCUAAUGUGCACUGACGAGAUCAAGAUCCUGGAGGUUCAUACGCCCUCGAUGGCGGGGAACCUGUGGCAGUUCUGUGAGUUUCGCUUUGAUUACCAGGUGGCUGUAGAGGAGGAGGCUGCCUUGGCGUUGGUCUCUGGUGUGUUCAAUCGCAUGGCAGACUUUGAGGCAAGCUUUUGCCAGAGUCUGGAGAACAAGUUUCGCGAGAUCUACCACCUCACAGUACUCGGGCUCAUCAACAAGCGCUUUGCACUCAUGGAUGGUCGAGCCGUUUGGAAUCAGCUGCAAUUCUUUAAGGCAGCGGAGGUCAACGACACCAACGAGAUCACCCGACUCUUGAAAGAGGUGGACGUGAAUGCUGUGCAAAAGGAGAUCCGUUUUCCUCAAGGUGUACUAGAUGAGGACUCCUACUUCUCAGUGGUGACCCUGCAACGUACGCCGCUGCUGGCUGCAGCAGAAGCCGGACGAUUGGAGGCGGUUCAGCUCCUGGUGCGUGCCAAGGCGGAAGUGAACUAUCAGGACACCUCUGGCUUUCACGCCUUGUACCUGGCAGCUGGCUCCGGUGUUCCGGAGGUGGUGAGCUGUUUGCUGCUGCAAAAUGCAGAUCUGCAUUUGAGGAACCGCAGUGGCUAUACAGCCCUGCACAAUGCAGUCGGAUGUGGCCAGGCCGAGUGCAUCAAGGUGCUUUUGCAGGCCAAUGGGGACUUGAAUCUGAAGACCCGGAGUGGUGUGGCCCCGGUACACCUCGCCGCCAUUAGCGAUCAAUCAGCAUCAUUGGAGGUGCUGAAGCAGUGCAGAGCCAACCUAGAUAUGCCCGCGGUGGGUGGCAACACACCGGUGCACGAAGGAGUCAUGCAGAACAACCCAGAGAUCAUUCAAAAGCUCUUCGACCUCAAGGCAGAUAUCAAUAUCGAGAGUGGCCCGGACAAUCACUUUGCAACACCUUUGGCUAUGGCGCUUGAAAGGAAGAAGAAGAAGGCUGCAAAGAAGCUGCAGGAGCUCAACGCUUUGGAGAAGGUACCAGGAGGCAACCUUCCGGACAGCUUGGAGAUUGUGGAGUUCAAGCUCCGCCGCCGCAGCUUGCGCUGAAGCCAGAAUAGGAUCUCUUCCGCUUUCGGGGCUUGGAC